CCAGACCUUGCUUUUCGCUCAUCACCUUCACCCCGCCCUUCGGGCCUCUGGGCUCCUUUUGUUCUCGGCCACUGGCUGCUAUCGAUAAAACCCUCAAUCAUCCCCCAUUUGAAAAGAAACGAUACUAUGGGCGCAUACUACGACGAAAUCGAGAUCGAGGACAUGGCUUGGGAUGAAUCAAAGGGCGUGUACCACUACCCGUGCCCCUGCGGCGACCGUUUCGAGAUCUCGCGCUCGCAGCUCGCCAACUACGAGGACAUUGCGACAUGUCCAAGCUGUAGCUUGAUCAUUAGGGUGAUAUACGAUCCGCUGGACUUCGAGGACGAGCCCCCAGAUGACGAGACUUCUGAGGGAGAGGAGGAGGAGGAAGACAAGGAGGAGGAUGACGAGAGCGGCGACGAGCAAUUCCAUGAUGCCUUUGAGAAGCUUACGCUCGAGAACUCCGGUGCGAGCGUCACUGUCGUCACAUAAAUGGAGAUGGACGUCCGGGUGCGAGCUGACAGAGGACGUGGGGCGGCCCUUUGGGAAGGUGAAUGCUGGUUGAGCGCCUCAAAAGCACCGAUUAUCACGAUAGUGACGAUGGGCAUAAGUGCGUGCGUGCCCCUUUCUGCCGUGCAGAGGUUGAUUGACAUUUGAAAGCUAACAGUUAUUUUCCUGAUUCUUGUACUAUAUCGUACCUUUCUCUCCUAUUAGUUCGGCUAUCAAUGCACAUGCAUUACUUUUGCG